AGCCACCAAAAGCAGUAAAUGUCCGGGAUUUACAAGGGUGGAGAUGGCCAAUGGACGCUGCUGGAGCGGAUCGACCCAUGGGCCCUAGGCGGCUUAUUGCAAGGGUCGUGGGGUACUUGGUUUCAUGUCUCAUCCCUUGCAGCCGGUGACGGACAUGCGCUUAGUCGUUGUUUCAGAAUCUGAUGAACAGCUAGAGCGGCAGUUGGGCCUUCCAGAACACCAGUCAGCCGUCGGCAGGCUUGUCGGGUUUCGUCGAU